GCUCUCGACUCGUACGACCUCCUCGAGCUCUUUUCAUCCAUCGGCCUCUCACGCAUCCCCCGCAUUCUCAGCGUUUUCUCGGGUUCUUUUUUCAUCUCGGGUCUUAUUCUGGGAGUGUGCUCUACGAUGGCAUUAAGGCGCAAGAUCCGUCACUUCGUGUGGGGGGAGGUGCCGGCGACGAAGACGGAACGGACGCUAUUGCUCAAGAUAGAUUGGUUCAUUUUGUCGUACUGCUGUCUCAUGUAUUUCUCAAACUACCUCGAUCGAAGCAAUGUUUCCAAUGCAUACGUUUCUGGCAUGCGUGAAGAACUCAACAUGCACGGAACACAAUUUAAUCAAAUCAACACCAUUUUUACAUGCGGUUAUAUCGUCGGGAUGAUCCCAAAUAACUUGAUGCUGCAAGUCGUGCCGCCUCGAAUAUGGCUCCCAUCUAUGCAAAUAGUCUGGGGCGUCUUGACGUUCUGCACAAGCGCGGUUACGAGUGUACAACAAAUAUAUGCCAUUCGCUUCUUCCAAGGCAUCGCCGAGUCGUCCACAUUUGUUGGCACGCACUAUAUUCUUGGAUCCUGGUAUAAACCUGGGGAACUUGGCAAGCGAUCGGGCAUCUUCACGUCGUCCGGUCUUAUUGGCACGCUAUUUUCCGGUGUCUUGCAAGCCGCCGUCUACACCCAUCUCAACGGUACCUCAGGGCGCAGCGGAUGGCGUUGGCUAUUCAUCAUCGACGGCGUCAUCACGAUGCCCAUCGCGCUGUAUGGGUUUCUAAUGUUCCCUGACGUGCCAACGACGACUAAGGCGUUUUACCUCUCCGAAGAGGAGCGUCUGCUGUCUUGCGAGCGACUCGAAUCGGAGAAGGACAAGGAUAUCUCGCACGGCCACCUUUCAUGGGGAAUAUUCCGUCGUGUCCUCGGCCGAUGGCGGUGGUACGGCUGCAGUCUACUGUUCGCGAUAUCGGGCGAAACAGAGAGCUUAGGCUCGAACAACCUCAUGGGCCAAUGGCUGAAAGCCAUCGGCGGGUUCACCGUCCCGCAAAUCGACUACUACCCAUCAGGUAUGACCGCGUUCGCAAUCGUUUCGACGCUGGUGUGUGCGACGUGGACCGACGCGACCCACUCUCGUGCUCGAUGGCCCGUGCUCGUGUAUAUGGCCAUCGCCGGCAUCGUCGCAGCCAUCUGCAUCCUCGUCUGGAGCAGUCCCAUCGGGCUCAAGUUCUUCGCGUACUAUCUUGCGGGAGCGACUUAUGCAGGCCAGGCGACCACUUUCGCAUGGGCCAACCAAAUCUGCGCAGACGACCACCAAGAACGCGCGGUAGUACUCGCGUCCAUGAACAUGUGGAACAACGUCAUCAACGCGUGGUGGCCGCUCGUCUUCUACCCCGCGACGGACGCGCCGCGCUUCACGAAGGGCAUGUGGGCCAUGAUCGGCACGUGCGUCGCGACGCUCGCCGUGACGUGGCUCGUGUGGUAUCUCGAGCGGCGGGAGAAGCGCGGGCGGGCGCAGCUGGUGACGGACGGCGCUGCGGCGGAGAAGCCUGAGAGGUCGACGAUGGGAGGGGAGGACGAGAAGAGCGUAAGGAGCCAUGCGGGCUCGAGCCGUCGCAGCCAGGAGAGCGCGUGAUGAGCAUAAUGAGCACGUUGAAGGUACGACGCUGUAUAGAAUGUAUUGCUAUUGAUUGCUUUUCUUGAGCCGC